CGGCGUCCUUCCGAAAUGCGCGGUGCUGUGUUGCUGACAACGCUGGUGCUGGCGGCGCUGGCGCGCGGCGCGGUGCGCGACCGCUACCACCCGGACGCGCGCGCGGGGCCCGGGCCCGGCCGCGCGGCCGCGCGCUCCUCCGCCGCCGAGCGCGACCCGGCGCACUGGGCCGCCGAGGCCGCGGCCGCCAUCGACGAGCGCGUGCGGCGCCGCAACAACCGCAACGCGGCGCGCAACGUCGUCAUGUUCCUGGGCGACGGCAUGUCCGUGCCCACGCUCGCGGCCGCGCGCACCCUCCUCGGCCAGCGCAACGGCCAAACCGGCGAGGAGGCUCAGCUUUCUUUCGAGGCCUUCCCCACUUCAGGUUUUUCUAAGACUUAUUGCCUGGACGCUCAAAUCGCAGAUUCAGCAUGCACAGCGACCGCAUACCUUUGCGGCGUAAAGGCUAAUAUAGGCACAAUCGGUUUGAAUGGUAACGUAGUGCGAAGGGAUUGCGACGCCUCCUUCAACACCGACAACCACGUCGAGUCGAUCGCGGCGUGGGCGCUAGAGGACGGACGAGAUGCAGGCAUAGUGACCACGACCCGUGUCACGCACGCGUCGCCCGCGGGUGCAUUCGCAAACAUAGCCAACAGGGACUGGGAGAACGACGAGAGCGUGCGCCAGGACGGCGCCGACCCCGCGCGCUGCCCCGACAUCGCGUACCAGCUCGUCCACACGAGCCCAGGGAAUCAGUUCAAGGUGAGACUUAAGUGCCAAAGCAUAGAUUUGGAUAUCCAAAUUAGUACAUUAGGCAUUGUAGAAAACUGCAAUGCAAAUUUAUUAAAUGUAACAAAACAACCAAACCUUUUCGACCGCCUAGUUAUUUGGGAUUUACCAUACACUACGUCUUUGUCUCCACAGGUUAUAUUGGGUGGUGGAAGAAGAGAAUUUUUACCUUUUAACUUCACCGAUGAGGAAAGUUCGCCCGGUGUUCGCCACGACAAUCGUAACUUAAUCGAAGAGUGGCAAGAAAACAAAGCAGCACAAGGUGCGAGCUAUGCUUACGUUUCGAAUAGGGACCAGUUGAUGAACGUGUCAUCGUCGUUACCGGACUAUCUGCUGGGUCUAUUUGAGAACAGCCACAUGCAGUACCACUUGGAAGCCAACAACGUUACCGAGCCCACACUCGCGGAGCUAACAGAAAUAGCGAUUAAGUCCUUGAGCCGCAACGAGAAAGGUUUCUUCCUGUUCGUGGAGAGCGGGCGCAUCGACCACGGCCACCACGACAACUACGUGGAGCUCGCGCUGGACGAGACCAUCCAGAUGAGCGAGGCGGUGCGGGUCGCCACCGAGCUGCUGUCCGAGGAGGACUCGCUCAUCGUGGUCACGGCCGACCACGCGCACGUGAUGGCCUUCAACGGCUACACGCAGCGCGGCGGGGACAUCCUCGGCGUCUCCGACGACCGGGACGAGGACGGCGUGCCCUACAUGACGCUGUCGUACACGAACGGGCCGGGCGCGCGGCAGCAGGUGAACGGCACCCGCCCCGACGUGACGACGGAGGACGACUUCGGCGGCAGGCGCUGGCGGGCCCACGUCGAGAUCCCGCUGGACUCGGAGACGCACGGCGGCGACGACGUGGGCGUGUUCGCGCGCGGGCCGCACCACGACUUGUUCACGGGCGUGUACGAGCAGAGCCAGCUGCCGCACCUCAUGGCCUACGCCGGCUGCUUCGGGCCGGGCCCGCACGCCUGCAACGCGGGCCCUGCCACUCACAUNACUCACAUUCCGUACUUUUUGCUGGCAUUGAUUACUCUAUGCCAAAUCUUACGAACGUAGAGACUAUUAUUGAAUUAGUGCUUAGUAAUAUGUGAUUUUCUUUAAUUUAUUGAUAAUACUAUUGAAUUAUUAUUUAUUUAUUAACUAGUACAAAACUAAUUUUCUGAGUAAUUAUCUCAUUUAAAACAAUUGUAAGCUGACAAUAUACCUCCUGCAUAAUCGUCCACUUGCGACGACACAAUGUGAUAUCUCGAAUUAUACAGUGUCUUGAUGAAGUGCAUAUGAAAAUAUUAUUGAAACUAGAUCUACUUUUAUCGAAGGAAAAAAUGACAAAAAAUAAUUAUCUGAGAUUUUUUUAUAAUUUUUUUU